GGCAGCCGCUCCGUCAGUGUCCACCUCCGAAAUGGCUCCGUCCCAGUCCAGGCUGACCUCCGCCUUGUACGAGAUGACCACUCAUACGAGCAAGAAGGUGCUCCAGCUCGUGCUGGAGUGGGGCACUCCCAGGAGGGAUGUUGGCAAGACUUUCUACGAGUACCUCUUGCAGGUGAAGAGGAUAUCCAUGACAUCAUUACGGAAGAAGUUCAACCACAGUCAAAGAAAAAAGAUGGAGAAGAGUGGUGACAUUGGGACAUUUGAUGUUGUACUCCUAACACAAUGUAUUAUCUAUGGCUGUGAUGGACUGGCUCCCCCAGAAGAUGUCAAAUGGCUCACUUCAGUGGACACACUGGAGUGGUAUGUGACAUCGAUAAGGACUAGAAGGAAUGAAUUCCUGCAUGAAGUGUUUGAUGUCACUCACACGGAAUUUCUUAGGGUGACAGAGGAGCUCAGAGAUCUGCUCAACAACGCCCUCGAGAGAGCGGCAGAAAUCUACAACAUAGGAGAUGAAUUCCUCCAGGGGAUCUUGCAAGAUAUAAACACAGAGAUCAACAGUCUUAGAAACAAUCCCUCACAGGCAACAGAUUCUCAUGCAUUAGUCCUCGAAAGACUGCACCAGAUGGUGAAAGUCGAAGGGAAACGAGAGCUGAAGAAGAUUUACAGAGAGGAGUCCAGUUUUGGACCAGCUUCGAAUUUGCUUGGGAAAUCGAAGGUGCAUGUGGACAAGGUCUUCACCGCGAUGGAAAUCAAGCAGGAGGGUUCACAAACACACGAGUUCAUUCAGUAUAGUGAACUUCUCGCAAAGGCGGAGGAAAGACGAGAACAGGAUAGGAAAGCCUGUUCCGUGUUGCUCAUUGAAGGGCCUGCAGGUGUUGGCAAGACAACCCUCACAAGAAAGGUGAUAAGUGACUGGGCCUCAGGCACUAGCUCCAUGGAGACUCUCACUGAUUAUGAUUUUGUGUGUUUAAGUAGGUGCCGAGACGAAAUACAUUCACUUAGCAACCUGCUAGGCUCAUUGAUGCCCAAAACUAAAAAUAAAGUCCAAAGUGAACAUGAUAUGCUCAUGUCCAUAUCCAAUAACAGGCUCAUGUUCAUUGUGGAUGGGCUUGAUGAGAUAAACUCAGGAUCAGAUAGAGUGCUGAGAGAAAUCAUGGGGAUGAGCAGAACCGAUGACAUCACUGUUCUCUGCACAACACGACCCAACAAGGUACAUGACUUCAAGAGAUAUGUGCCGGACAACUUUGACAUUAUGCAUGUCAAAGUUUUGGGCAUAGAAGAGAACAAACGUGAAGAGUUUGUAAGAAAUUACAGCUUGGCAGUACAAGACCCAGGCACCAUGAACAAAGACAUCUCUGUUCUCCUUUGGUAUCUGGCAAAGAAAGACAGCCGGAUGCAAGCCCACUGGCGGUUCCCCUUCAACUUGGUCCUUGUGACAAUAUUAUGGUACUUUGACCCACAAGCUGUGAACAGUCUGACCACGGCUACGGAACUCUUCACGAAGACACACGAGUUGUGCAUAAAAAGAUUGCUUCAGAGGCUAUCUGACCAUGAAGAAAUGCGAACUGUCGAGUUUUAUGAACUCAGAGAUAAAGUUAAGAAGGUUAUGAAGAAGCUCUGCAAAGAGGCCUUCUUAGCACUUUCCGAGGAUGCUGUAACUUUGUCCAGGCCUUCAGUAGAAAGGCUGAAGGGGGCAUGUCGCUCUCUAAGGCUUCCAGCAAAUGAGGUCCUUGGAGCCUUCCUGAUCCAGGCAACUUCUCUGAUGGGUGAUGAAGAGAAGUACAGUUUUCCCCACAAGUCCAUGCAGAAUUUCCUCUCGGCCAUGCAUGUGAAGGAGAUCGUCAUGGCAGAUGAGGUGGGACUAAAUAUCCCUGAAAUGAUAGAUGGGAUUGAGAACAUUUUGAGUCAUCAAGAAGUUCCUCAAAAUAUUAGCAGUUCUCUCAUUGAUAAAUUAAAAUUGUUUUUAGUGCAUUUCCAACGUGAUGCAUCUAGGCAAUUACCUAGUAUCCUGAGCAUUCUAGAAGAUGCCGCCAAUGAAGCUGCCUUGUACACCGGCCAAGAGACAAAGUUGGACUUGGUGAAGUACCAGAAUAUUCUCAUUCAUCUCACGGGUUUGCUUCACCUUGAAGGAAAGACAUUGUCAAAGACAAGAGCCAGGGAGCUUGUGGAAUUACUCAAGGCCACUGGUAUUCAGGAUACAUCUCAGUGGCUGGACUUGCUCUCCGAGGUCAAGUGCAACGGCACAGUAAUAGAAUUACUCGCCGAGGCUAUGGAUCUCAUCGGAAUUAUAUGGUUAACCGAUGGGCUUUUAGCUGGCUUCCUGUGUGUUCUGAGCCAUGCAUGUCCAUCACCCUUGAUCCUGGACAUCAGCGGCGACCCUGAGGACAUCCCAUGUCUGAGUGAUCUCCUAAGGGCAACGAAAGACAAGACGUGGAGGGUGUGGCUACGGCUCCACUACGACUUCCGACACCCGAGAGCCGGCGGCAGCGUCCUCGAGGAAGCGCUUCAGCAAGUUUUCCGAAG